AUGAGUGAAAGAGGGAGGGGGCUGGUGGAGGAACAGAGUGUGAUGAGCUCCAUGGAUCUGUAUGAAGACAUAAUUGAGGAGGAACGAGAAAAUGAAAAGUUUGAGGAGUUACGAAGUGAGGUGACUAAGACAGCAGGACAGAUGGAGGAUCUGAUGGCUCAGAUGGAACACGUACAGACAGAGAAACAGUCCCUUGCCGCAGAGAACCGGGCGCUGAAGAAGAACAUCUCUGUUCUGUUUGUCACGGCCAAGUCAGAACUGGACAGGAAACAGAAGGAGAUCGCACAACUCAGGGCUGAUCUGGACAUGCUCCGAAUGAGAAGAGGUGCACCCAGGAUCCCUCACUCCACCAGGCCUUUUGACAACAGAAGUGACCACAGCAGACCUGGACCUUCUGGAAGAGAGUCCACAAUCACACGAGAGGCCAGUUCAACUCACAGGGAUGUGGCAGACAGACAGCCUGGCGGCUACAGACAGAACUAUCAGCAGGGAGAAUCUCCAGAAAGAGACAGGAGUAGGAGGGAAGGAGCAGGUGUGGCAAAGUCACAUCCUGACAGAAACUUUAGAAGUUCCCAGUCUCCUGAGAAAGACCAGGACACGAGAAUUGGUAUCAGAGACAGGACAGGUCACUCCAAACCUGCAAAGUCUGAUCUGAAAAGUAGAGAUACAAAACAGCAGACAGGAGAUAAAACAGACAGAUCAGCUGGGGAAGGAAGUACGCCCCGGCAGGCAAGCCAAGACCGGGACAAACUGAAGAGAAAAGAAACAGAAGAGAUAAAAAAUAUGGAUGGGAAAACAGAAGAACGUGUUCAAGAAAGAAGUAAGUCAGUUGGAGAAAGAACUGGCCCACACACACCAACUUAUCCUCACCCUGACUCUGAGCAGGAGGCCACAGUGGGCCAAGCAUGUCUUAAGGAACCUGUGCCUGCAGGUUCUAAGACUCCUCCAGAUCCUUACCCAUAUGAGGAUGCUGCCCACAGUGGGAAAUUAAGAAAUGACUCUGAAAAGCAUCACAAGCAAGAAGGAGGAAGACACAAGGUGACAGGAGAUGAUAUUAAGAAUAGAAAACAUUCUAAGGAAAGGCAGAAAGAUUCUGCCAACUGUUCAUCUGGUAGCAAGAGCCUCUGUAGUCGUGAAAAUAGCUUAGAAGAUAAGAAAAAGGAUAACAAGCAAGAAGGAUACAGAAACAAGAUGUCAGGGCAUGAUGAGGGUAGAGGACAUUCUGGGGAAGGGAAAAAAGAUUCUGCUUACUGUUCAUCUGGCAGCGAGAGCCUCGGUAGGCACAGUCGUGAAAGUAGUUCAGAAAAUAAGAGAAUGGAAUGUGAAAAGGACAAAAGGAGAGGCGAAGACUCUAGAUAUGACUCAAAAACAAGGAAACGAACCAGGCAUGCAUCUAGAGAAAAACAUCAGAAGGAGGGAAGAAGCAGUAAUGAAAAAAGUUUAGAGCGCAAUAGAGAGGAGCUUGAACCAGACAGAAGGAGGGAGAACAACAUCUCUCCUGGGGACUUGAGACAGAAACUAAGUCAGAACAAACACUCCAGAGAUAAGUCAAAAGAGAAAUCUUCUAAUGACAGUAAAAAAGGGGACCACGACAAAAGGAAGGCAGUUGAACAGAAAGAACAUAACUCAAGGAAAAGCAAAGAAAGUAGACAUGGGAAGGAGCCAAGUAGCAGAAUAACAGAGAGGGGGAGAGAGAGGCACAGGGAUGAGGGAAGAUCUACAGAGAGAUACAGAAGUAAUAGCAGGCUGCAGAGGGAGGGAAGGAGGAAAGGAGACAAAAGUGAACGUAGCCAACUUCCUGGAGACACCAGGGAACCUCAGAAAAGAAAGAGGUCAUCUUCAGGCGAGCAUAGACAUCUUAAAGAAAGAAGAAAAGUGUCACCUCCAAGGAAAAAGCAAUAUGAGAAGGACCGAGAUGGGCGUGAGCAGUCCAAGGAAAAGAAACAGUCCAGCUCAAGACAAAAGGACAGGUCUGAGGGAAGAAAAAAGGAGAGGUCAAGACAUAGAAGCAGCGAAAGGUCAAACAGUCUACAUGACUACAGUAAGGAGCCUGACAGAAGGGGCCAUAGGUCAAAGUUCGUGAACUACAGAGACAGGUCAGAAGACAGAGACAGUGGCCCCGACAGUCAGCGAUCUCUGAGUGUGGAGACUGACUCAUCAUUGGGAAGCAGUUCAGCUGGUAGCACUGCUGAUGUUCAGAAACACUUACCUACUAGCUUUGAGGGCUCCCUUCACUCUUCUAGGAGUAGAGAAGCCAGACAGCAAGGCAGGGUAGCAGCUUUGACAAGUCCUGAUAGAGGCAGUUCUUUCAAUGAAGAGCCCAUUGAAACUGAUGCUAUGGGGGAAGGGACAGAUGCUUUAGACAAACAAGACACAGCAGUGGAAAGUCAGAAACAUUACAAGGAUGGUGAUAAACUGAAAGAGAAAACAGACCAUCCUACCAGUCCUCACAGAGGCAGAGCUGACAGAGAAAAGACCAUACAUAACAGCCCUGACUGUGCUACAGAAGCAGGAAGCAGCCAGCAGCAGCCAGUAACAACAGGUCAUCAGCUCCAGGAGAAACCUGAUGAGAGUGAGAUGGAGGAAGAAGUUACCAGCACCACGACAGAGCAGCCUGACAGAGGAGCAGAUGUGAGAGUCAGGGUUGAUUCUGACAGCUGUGCUGAAGAGCUGGGCUCGAUUCUGGCUCCCGUAAAGAGGAAAAGAGAGGAUGUCACACAGGGACACAUCACCUCACCUGCUUCUAAAAAGAAAAAGGCUGCUCAGAACACUCCAACAAAGAAGGGAAGGCUUUCUCCAAGGAAGAAUGUGAAGCGAAGUCCUUCUAAGAAAGUCAAGUGUAGUCCUAAGAAGUCUCCUCAAAAGAUUGCUCAAGAAGUUGCAGAGUCUGAAAUCACUCCAAACAUACCUGUGUCUCCUCAAAAGACUCCUAGGAAGUUAGUCAAGUCUCCUCAAACAUCUCCUAAGAAAGUCACCAUGUCUCCUCAUGACACUUCAACAAAGAAAGUCUUCAAAUCUCCACAAAAGACACCCAAGAAGUCAUCAGCCACUCCUAAGAAGAAGUCUAAGUCGCCGCGGAAGACAGAAAACCUCGUGGAGAAGUGUAGAAGCAUCGUCUGGACGGGGAAGAGCGCUAAGGGAAAAACCGUCAACCUCUUCCACAUCGAGUAUGAGACAGCGGAGAACGCGGCGCGUGAGAUAUUCCGUAACUCCCCGCUCCUCAGCCCGGUGAAGCCCCCCACCCCCCAGCUCAACCUGAGUGCCAGGAGCAGCGACCUUGAACUCCCCAGCGGUGAGGAGUCCUGCAGCCUGCCGCUCCCCGCCAUCAGCGCUCAGCUCAAGACUGACAAGCGGGACAUGGAACAGCCCAUACCUUCUUAUCAUGGCAGCCUCAGUUUCAGCAGCUUUCAUGGCAACACAGACACUAAUUUGAAAAGUUUCAAUCAAACAGAAAAGGUGAACCAACAGGAAAAAGAGCAGAGUUUACCAGAGAGUUUAAAAAGUGGGAUGUCAUCCCAGCUUCCAUUUGUGCCAAGUGAAGACACCAGCAGAAGUGGUGGUUCCUCCUUAGAGGAACAAGACUUUUCUCAGACAGUUGUCCCUUUUAGCGGAGGGUCUGAGGUCUUGGAGACACGAGAACCUGUGUCAGCCCUUCUCUCCACAAAGGAAGUGAAACAGCAGACAAACUCUGAAUCAACUGGGCCUUUUGAGGUCAGCAUAAUUGCUGAGUCUUCUACCCCAGAUUCAGAACUCAAAGACAACGUGCAGACCCAAGAUGGCCACGCAUCUCCACAAAAAGGGGGAGAGGAGAAAGAGGACGAUCUCACUUCAACAGAGGACAAUGCUGCUGAGGAUGGUAAAAAAGCAACUGUUGCAGAAGAAAGGGAAGAGCUGCCCUUGAGAACUGAUGAGGAACUCAGGAGAAGUGUUGAGACCAGCUUACUCAGCAUCAGUAAUGAGUUUGACUCCAGUACAGCAAACCUUUCCAAUGAGGAGCUCUUUGCUGUAGAGGUGCUGGCCCAACUUGCUGCUGCCGCUAAGACCCCAACCCACAGUCCUGUGAAACCUGCAUUUUCCCUUCAACAGGCAUCCCCUUGGAAAGGAGGGACUGAAAAACAAAAAGGCGGUGCCAAGAAAAGCCCAAUGAAGGUGGCUGUGACAGGGUCAACACCCUACAGGUUGUUCUCCCCUGGGAGAUUGGAACCUACCAUUGCAGCAGAAGUUGAGGUGGGGUCAGGGUGUACUCCGAAAAAAGGCUCAAGGCAGAGAAAGUAUGGAAUGGAUUCACCCUUUAUUCCCCCACAACCAUCAGCCUUGGGCAGCAAGAAGGAAAAGGCAUAUAAGAAGAGCACUGACAAAGGCUCUAAGAAAACAGAUGAAAAGAAGAAAAGGGACAGAAAGGAGAAGCAGUCAGCAGAAGUUUUAGCAAUACCUGAACAAGACAGUAAAGCCAAGAAGACAAAAGUCCCACCACAGGAAGUCAAACCUUUAAGAUCUAGCCCAAGGAAGCCACAGGGUAAGACAGCUGAUGCUGCAAGAUUUCCAAGAAAAAGCCCUAGAAAGCCAAGUACUGUGACUUCAGUUGAAUCCACAGAAGAAGCAGCAGUAGUAGACAUCAGCCAACAGAAAACGAAAGGUAGUCUGCAAGAAAACCAGACACUGAUGACACACCACAAGGAAGCCAGAAAAACAAGCACAAGUUCAUCUGUAGCGAGAUCAAGUGAUCACAAUACAGAAUCAGCAUCAUACUGUGUGUGGCAAACUAGACAAACACCUGAGAUGGAGGGAGAAUCAACACUUACAGACUUAGAGAAGAACAGUUGGGCAGACAGACUGCCACAUGACGACCUAGAAGACAUGCCUAAUAUGAUUGUCCUCUCCCCCAAAUCAAAUGGAUUUCAGACUCGGUUAAUGAAGAAAAAUGUCGCACAAAGUGAAACGUCUGCACACGAUCGUUCAGAGGCAAACAAACCUUCCCUUGUUGGUAAAAUUGAAACAACUAACAACAAACAAAUUAUCAAUAGUACUCCAGAAACAAUACAGAGUGAUUCAAAAUCAAAUCAGAAGGAUUUGCUGACUGUGCCAACUUCAAGCAAGCAACGUGUUUCAACAGACCUGCAGCAAGCAGCAAGUCCUAAAGUUCAUGAUGUAGAAAACAAUAAAGAAACAGUGCCAGAUGACAGCUCAAGCAAACAGAUACAAAAACAACCAGUCACAAGUACUUCUUCUCUACUGCACCCCCCUCACAACAGGCCAAGCACAAACCUUGGAGAGAAGUCUGCACCAAAUCAAACUUCAAAAUACAUCAGUACUGGUACACCAGCCAGGCAGCAUGGGGAGGGGGGCAGAGUGGAUUCAUCAGCCAGUAAGGGUGACAGCAAGGUGUCAAAGGAAUUAGAACCAAUGCAGACAGGAGAAACAACAGAGAGCCUUGCUGCUACUGCUAGUACUGAAGAAAAUGAGGCUCCUCUUGGUGACCACAACGUGGGAAGAACUGAUAAGUCACAGACUACGCUGAAACAAGAAAUCAACACAGGGAAGUCCACAUUGGGUGAGGAAGAACUAGAGGUUGCUGUCAAACAUGGCGUACAAACCAGUGCUAAACCACAGCCACAGACUUCCCUGUCACCAGAUACAGACGUGGAAGAGGAAAUGGAGGAAGGAGAAUGCACAUCAUCAGAUGAAGAAGAACUAGACACCACUGUCUUGUUGCCUUGUAGCACGUCAGAAGAGAACGCAGCCCACAACUCCAUCGAGACGGCGGCUUCCUUCAACAGCGACACCAGCCUGCCCCGCCCCUCCACACCCACCGGGCUCCGUCAGGAGAUGACCUUGGAUCAGUUCUCUGUCCUUGACCCCGAUGACCUGCGGUGCCAGAGCGCCAUGUCCAUCGACGUGCGUCUCAUCCCGUCCACCCCUUCCGGGAAAAUGGGCCCACCCAGCAGAGGGGCAACGCCCUCGGGUAAAGACGAUGCUUCGACACCUGGGAAGUCAAACCCAGCUCUGCCGAAGACACCUGCGGAGAAAAGGCAGUCAGGUGCAUUCCGACAGCUGUUCAACUCUCCACCAGGUGGAAGGUUUGCCAGCACACCUGCCGCUGAGAGACCGAAGCCGCCAAGGUUCCAACUAGACAUGUCAGUCAUUGGCACAGGUAAAGAAGAAGACAGUCAGCAACUGGGCACACUUGUAGUCAGUGAAAUAGCAGAUAAAACUAGGCAGGACAUCGGGGAUACUUCAAGGAAAGCAGACACAGUGAAGCAAUGUGAGACAGUUGAUACAGCAGUACAGGGUAACAGCAAGCUGCAUACAAAGGAUUUGAAACACUUUGAGACAGACAAAAUGCACAGGCAAACAGAGAAAGAAAGGAAGACGAGUGGUGAGAAGAAGACCUGGACUUUGCCUGGAAGUGGGAGAGUUAACACAACCAUUGCCUCCUCACCCAAAUUAGCUCCCCCCAGAAGAUUGCCCAGCAAAACAGAUGCCUUCAGAAAACACCUUGCUGAUGAAAACUUGAAGAAAGAUAGUGAAGAUACAAAACAGCAGACAGAAGAAAGUCAUAAGAAGAUGAAGUGUGUGCAAACACCAGAAAAAAAUAUGAAAAGGAAAGACUUGGAUCCUUCUGACUUCUUCCCAGAUGUAUCAAGUGAUGAAGACGAUGUCUCAGACGGUCUGGGAGAUCAAGAAGAACCAAUGGAGGUACCAGUACCUCUUCCUGAGAGCAAGGCAUCACUUACAGACCCCCAGCUUGACAGACCCUCCAAGCUUGCUCAUGCCAUCAGACAUUCAGACACUCCCAAACCAGCCACAGCAUCCACUCUGUGCAAAGACGUUGUCAUCCAAGGGCCAAUGCCUCCAAACUCAUCUGCAGAUGGUAUAUUCCGAGUUCCCCUCCCUCCUAUGAAUCGUGAACCACCCCCUCAGCCUGCAAAUGUGUCGCAGCCAACACCGCCAGUUUAUGUUGCAGAGAGACCUGUCAUCAAGCUGAACAAGUUCUCGUAUGCUGCAAUCUGUGCACUGGAGGCAAACUACGGGUACGAGUGGCUGUGGCCAGUCAAACCACAGGCACAAGAGUCGCUACCAACUAAACAGGAGCCAGACUUCUUAUCAUCAACAACAGGAAAUAUUUGGUACCAAGCAUUCGGCUCUCCCAAGGCAGCAGCUCAGAAUACAGAAAUGUCUGAAACUCAGAAGACUACAGCACACAAGGAGAAGGGCACAGGUGUGGUGAAGAAGUGUCUUGAAGUAAAUCACCAAGAAGAAGAUGAAGACUUGUCAGAGGGAGAAAUUGUCAGUGAUGAUGAGGACGCCACAGUAGUGAAAUCUUCUGGUACAUCAUCUUACAGAGACAGUCACUGUAGGGAGAAGCUGUAUACUGGCACUUCUAAACAAAAUGAGGGCAGUUCUGCAAGACAAAACAACAGGCAACACAGUGAACAAAGGGUAAAGGAUGAUAGACAUUCACACAGAAGUCAGAAAACAUCGGACAUGAAACGUGACAGAAAACACACGGAGCACAGCCGCCACGGCUCGAGAAGACCAACCUCAGAAGAGGUCAGGUUGAGAGAACAGAACUAUAAGGAGGGCUGGGGGAGGGGGGACAGGGGGAGGACUGAGCACGGGAGAGGGGAGAAGGUGUCCCGGGACAGAGCUCCAGCAUCAUGGGAAGGAGAGCAAGUCUCUAGAAAGGCAAGUAAAGUUGAAAGGAAAGCCAGAAGAUGA